GGAUACGGAUACAUUAUUAUAAAAUACGAUCGCCGUUGAUACUUUGCUAUAUGAGUUAAAUGACAAUCGGUUUAUCAGUUUAUGAAUUGUUUUCAUCUGUUGUUUAUAUGUUGUUAAAUAUAAUAAACAUCUCCGUUCAAAUUAGUUAAAAUAGUUUCAAAAAUUGUGUUAAAAGUGAUUUCAAAAUGAAUAAUGACAUCGAAGUGUGUAGUGAUGAUAGUAUUAAGAAAAAAGUUUCAUUCAAUAAAGUGAAAUAUCAAUUUUUGGCUGCAUGUUGUGCUAACAUCGUUGUACUGGGUCAAGGUUGUGCGAUCGGCUGGUUAAGUCCAACGCUUCCGAUUCUUCAAUCAGAUGAUUCACCGUUACAAUCGGGAAAGAUAACGAUUGAAGAGGCUAGUUGGAUUGGUUCAAUAUCAAGCAUUGGUAGUGUAGUCGGUACAAUUUACUUCGGUUUGAUCUCCAUUUAUUUUGGCUGUAAAAAUACAUUAGUGUUCUGCGCAUUUCCCGUAGCGAUAUUUUGGCUGUUUGUAAUAUUUGCUACAAAUGCCUGGCACAUAUGCGCCGGACGAUUCAUACAAGGGCUGACCGCUGGUGCAUUUUUAUGUGUUCAAUUAUACUUGGCUGACAUUGCCAACGAAAAAAUUAGAGGAAUACUUGGAACGCUGUUAACACUUAGCGUUAACAUAGGUAUUCUCAUUGGCUAUAUUAGCGGUACAUAUCUGCCGUAUUCCACAGUGCCAUAUAUCCUGAUGAUUUUCCCUAUUUUAUUCAUUUGCGUAUUCGUAUUCAUGCCAAACACGCCUCAGUAUUACCUGAAUGCACGACGCAAUGAUAAAGCUGAACAAUCAUUGAGAUUUUAUAGAGGAUGCAAGGCCACUAGUUGCUAUGAUAGUAUCGAAAUACAACAGGAGCUGAGCCAUAUGUCUGCCAUUAACAAACAGAAGGAGAUUGCUGGAAGACCAAAACUGUCUGAUUUCUUUAACAAACCAACAAUGAAGGCCAUGCUUAUCGGUCCAACAUUGAUGGCUGUGAGUCAAUUUAGUGGAACGUAUUGCUUGACCAAUUACUCCGUAACAAUAUUCGAAAUGUCUGGAUCAAGUUACAGUCCACACAUGUCAUCCAUUGUGUUUGGUUGCCUGCAAAUCGCUGGCACAUAUGUGACAACAUUGUUCAUUGAUCGAGUGGGCAGAAAGGUUUUACUGCUGAUUUCGGGCAGUGGUUGUGCGGUUGGAUUAACUGUGAUGGGAAUAUUUUCGUAUUUGUUCGAGAGUGGCUACGACGUUAGUGGACUGAAUUGGGUUCCAGUUGUCAGUUUAUCGUUUGUUAUUUUUAUUGCCUCGAUUGGACUGAUUCCGAUACCUUAUGUUAUCAUUGCUGAGGUUCUUCCACAGAAGAUUCGACUGAUAGGUACAACAGUAUGUACAACAACAGUGAGCAUUUGGGCUGCGAUAAUUUUAAAUCAAUUUCCAUACCUCUUGGUGAAUUUGCAAUUAUACGGAUGUAUGUGGUUGUUCGCAUCGGUGGCUGUUUUCGGACUGCUUUUCACGAUAUUUUUUGUGCCAGAAACAAAGGGAAAAACAUUGGAUGUGUUGCUCGACGACAUUGAAUGUAAUAAUAAUCAAAAAGUUGUUACAAUUAGUUGAUAAUUCAAGUAGCUAAACAGACACAUUUAACUACUUCGAAGGUCAAUCACUACACAUACUUUAAUUAAGGGACGGGCGUCGUAAAAACCAACGAAAUUCAGAUGAGUGUUUUUGUAUUUAUUUAUUUUCUAACUAAUUUUUAAGAUGAGACUGUAUAUAAGAGCUUUUGUACAUAGUAGUUUUAGGAUAAUUUUUUUAUAAACGAAAUACCUCGCAAAAUAAAGCCAAAAUAAUUUAAAAU